UAUUCGCCGUCAGUUCGUGGUGUGUACAUAGGGAGUGUUGUCAACGAAUUCACCACAGCCGUUUUUAGUUUUCGUGUGUGUUUUAGUAUUAGUUUUUUCAAUUUCUGAAUGAAUUCUUUUUCGUUCUGGUGAUUUUUCCGGCUGUGAUCGUCACAAUUAAGACCUACGUUUGCCCCUUUUCCUAAUUUAUUCGUUAAAAUGGCUUUUCUAUUGGAUUUGAUCCGUAAUGUAAACUCAUAUUUAAAUAAAUAUCAAGAUCCACGCACAGCAGAUUGGCUAUUAAUGUCAAGUCCUUUUUAUACUCUAGGAAUAUGUAUAUCUUAUGUAGUUGUAGUAAAGGUUUUGGGACCGAAGCUAAUGGAAAAUAGAAAACCUUUCCAGUUUAAGAAACUUCUAGUAUUUUAUAAUUUUUUACAAGUAGUAUUUAGUAUAUGGUUAUUUUAUCAAAUUGGCUUGGGAGGUUGGCUUACAGGUGAAUAUAGCAUAAGGUGUCAACCUGUUGAUUAUUCAAAUAAACCUAGUACAAUAAGGAUGGUGCACGCGUCAUGGUGGUACUUUUUUUCGAAAUUUACAGAAUUCAUUGAUACUAUUUUUUUUGUAUUGAGAAAGAAAUAUGAUCAAGUCAGCACGUUACAUGUAAUUCACCAUGGCGUGAUGCCUAUGUCCGUCUGGUUUGGAGUCAAAUUUACUCCAGGUGGUCACAGUACUUUCUUCGGCUUCCUUAACACAUUCGUACAUAUCAUCAUGUACUUCUAUUACAUGCUAAGUGCCCUUGGUCCCGAAGUCCAGAAGUACUUAUGGUGGAAGAAGUAUUUAACAACUCUGCAAAUGAUCCAAUUUGUGGCGAUCAUGGUCCACGCCUUCCAAUUACUGUUCACCGAUUGCAACUACCCUCGUGCCUUUGUCUGGUGGAUCGGCAUGCACGCUGUCAUGUUUUUCUUCUUGUUCAAAGAGUUCUACAUUCAAACUUAUAAUAAGAGAACAUCAGCAGCGGCUAAGAACGGAGUCGUCCAAAACGGCACGGGUGCGCUGCAAAACGGAGUUAAAUCGAACAAAGUUAGCCAAUAUUAUGUCAACGGAACGGACUUGCAUCAAAGGAUAAAAUCGCAGUGAUGUAGUGGUAGCUUUAUUUAUUCAAAUGAGUCAUGAUCGAACUGUUUACUUAAUUUAAUUUUGUAGGAUAAUUAUUCCGAUUCAUGACUAUAAAGCAAUUUGCUCAAUUUUUUAAGCACUUCUCCAUUCACUCGAAUAAAUAAUACAUUAUUAUUAUUGUACAAAUCUCAACAAGAAUUUUUAUAACCACUAACAAAUACGUGCCUAUGUACAGGGUUUAGUGGAAUCGAAAUUUUUCGUUGGUGCUAAUCUAUUCCAUUAUGUUUUUGCAAAAAUUAAUUGCAAUAAUUAUCUCAACUGUUUUUGUUAAAUCUGUGUGUUCAUAUAAUUCUAAAACCUUUUUAGCAAUAAAAUAUGUUUUAUAUAUUUUAGGUGCUGUUUUUAGAAGUUAUUGUAAAAAUUUAUUUGUUAUCAUUUUAUAUUAUAUCAAGAAAAUCACUCAAAAAUACUUACUUAGAUGGUUUUUACAUAGAUGGGAUUUUAAAGGAUUGUUGAAAAUUGAAAUUAUGCAGUUUAUGUAGAUUAAAUCAGGUUAUUUGUUGUACCUAUGUAUUUUUUAUAUUUACUAUUAUUGAAAUAAAAUUGUCUAAAAAACA